AUGAAGGAAAAGAAUCAGCGACGGGAGCCCUGGAAGGACUUACAGCUACCCGACGGCCAUAAGCGCUUGGUACAGUCCCUCACUGAGUCUCACUCCGACCACAGGGGACCCCACAGCUUGCAUUUUGAUCUUGUAAGAGCCAAGGGAAAGGGACUCACGAUCCUCUUACAUGGAGUGCCCGGCGUGGGAAAGACAUCAACAGCUCAAUGCGCUGCCGAAGCAAAUAAUCGACCCCUGCUUCCCAUCACUUGCGGUGACCUUGGUACUUCUCCACGAGAAGUUGAACAGAAGCUAGAACAGGCAUUCCAGCUUGCCCAGCUAUGGAACUGUGUUCUCCUUCUUGACGAGGCCGACGUAUUCUUGGCUCAGAGGAUAGCGCAGGACAUUGCUCGAAACGCUUUGGUCUCUGUUUUUCUCCGGGUUCUCGAAUAUUAUGAGGGAAUCCUCUUCCUGACCACCAACCGGGUUGGUGUGUUUGACGAGGCCUUCAAGUCGCGCAUCCACUUGCCGCUGUACUUUCCACCGCUAGAGUGGAAGUAUGCCGGGAAGAUUUGGAAGACCCAUCUUCGUAAGCUCGUCGAUAGCAAUUUGGUCGACGUGGACGUUGAGGAUAUUCUCUCCUACGCCGAGACAUUGUUCGAGAAACAAAGCGCCGUGAACUCCAAGAUCGGCCCGGUCUGGAAUGGCCGCCAGAUCCGAAACGCCUUUCAGAGCGUCGUCGCGCUUGCAGGAUACAAGUCCACCGGGGGCAGGAUCAAGAUUGAGAGAGAGCAUUUUGAUCGCGUGGCCAAGGUAUCCAACGAGUUCAACCACUAUCUCUGGAGCAUCAAGUCCGAGACCGACUCAGCCAAGGCCGAGAGGUCAGGCUACCGCAUCGAUAAAUACCGCGUCGACGAAACCAUACACCUGCAAACGGGGCAACAGCCAUCACAACAUCAAAACUUUGGCGGUAUGGUGUUCGGGCAGAUGAAGCCGUCGCCGAACGCAGCUCCCAACCUCCAGCAAGCCCAUGCAACCACAUUUCCCACAAUGCUUGGAGCGCAGGGGUCACCGAUGGGAUAUGCCGCCAUGAAUCCGUCCCAGCAAUACGGAGCUAACUUUGGUGGGCAACCACCACAGGGCAACUUGCGACCCCCGGCCAACUUUGCGCCGCAGGACGACUCUGGAAAGCGGAAGUAA